AUGGGUGCUUGCAUAGCCGCACUAAGAGGGAAGGUCGCGGGUAAAACAAAUGAUUCACACGGGAUUAGCGACCAGUCGCUGCCGACCGCGGAGAGUACAGAUGAUAGUGUCAACAACCGUAAUGGAAAGUUCAAUAAAUGCAUCCGUGGAGAAGAGAGCAUUUCCUCGGGGGAUAUGCACGGCAAAGAGGGCAGCGACUUAAGUAAGUCGCUAACGAGUUUAUGGGGGGUUCUCUCCAAAACAGAAUUUGCUGACUUCUUUCGAGCACAUCCCGAAUUGUUGAAGUCCAAUUCAGCUGCCGUCAUGUGCACUGGCGCGUUUCGUCCCGGAGAACUUGUCGGGGCUUAUUGCGUAGUGAAGGAACUUCCAGGGGGAACGGUGGGUCGAAGUUUUUUGGUUAAAGCUGUGGACGACAGUGGCCCACCGACGCCCACCGUCACGACACCUGAGGUUGAAGAUUCUGGUAAACGGGAGUUUGUGUUUAAGGUGAUGACAUUUAUUAACCGUAAGAACUUGGUGGAACCGGUAUUAGACGAUAAGAGGGCUCUUAUGAACCUGACAGGUGACGGUUUACUUCGCCCAGUCCAUUUGCUACUCGACGAAGGGAAUGAAACAGUGAUAUCUGUUACCCCUUUUUUGAAGGAAGGUUCGUGCGCUCGUCUUGCCGGAAAGCUUGAAGAGGAUCGGUUACUGUCUAUACUGCGUGAUGUUGCAAGUGCUCUCCGUCUUCUUCAUUCGCACAAUAUAUACCACUGUAACCUGAAGUUGGAAAACGUUCUUUUGAGGGAGGAUGGGAAAGCCUGCCUUGCCGACGCAGCGUUGUGGCGUAUCUUCUCUACACAGAGCCGUGAUUGCCUUCUCUUUAAUGGUGAACUCGCGUGCAUGCCUCCCGAGAUGUUCAUGAUUGAUGAAGCUGACAACCAGUCGAAGGACGCGAGCAAAGUAGACAUUUGGGGGUUUGGGCUGUUCAUGUACCGUCUGGCGUACGGGCGGGAGCCGUUUGACAUUGAAGGAAAGGCACUUGAACAAGUCUGUGAACUAGUUUCUGUUGAUAGGCUCCAGUUUCCUCAACGCAACUGGAGCAUCGCGAGUUCGCUUGAGGAUGCCAUCCGUGUUUGUCUUGACGAUGAUCCGGAACGUCGACCAACAGUUCCGGGGUUGUUUAGCUUCUCAUUGUUUCGGAACCACAAUUUUAAUUCUGUUGUGGCUGGAGGAAGUGUCGGGUUACCGGGAUUCAGGGCGUCGCAUAAUGAUACUGGACCAAGUGGUGGGCGCUCUGGCUCGGAUAACUACAUUAGGUGGGCAUACCCAAGGUAUCAUUGGCGGAAGAACGUGUCACUCGACGAAAUGCUCGGGUCUGGAGGCAUCUGUGAAACAUAUCGGGUGCACCUGCGGCGGCAUCCAUCUAAGCAGUUCGUGAUGAAGGUGCUAAAACGGUCAGUACUGAAGGCUGCCUCACAAUACAGAAUCAGCACAGACGAUCUGCGUCACGCACUAGCUGUUUCGCGACUUAUUAACCAUCCUAACGUAUUAAACCUGCUGGAGAUUGUGGACUCGAGGGACGGGUGCUUUGCUUCGCAGCAGUUGGCUAAAAGCAGGUUUCUUUACGCGGAGUUUCCCCCGUUGCUGAAUCACAAAAACCCUCUCUUCACACUGAAACAGAUGCUCGCCGAUGUCCUCCAGGGGCUUUUCGUGCUUCACCUAAAUGGUGUGCCGCAUCUCCGUCUGACACCAUCAAACAUUUUUUAUGAGCUGGGCGUUGGUUUUAGGGUUUCGGACUUUGGUCCUUUGUUCCUUGCACGGGAGGAAAUUGUCGAAAGUAUGGAAACAGACCAACCACUGUAUAGUGUACCACAGUGGGUGGUUGACGAUUUAAAGGUGCCGAUCCACAUGUCGAGAUUCAGUCUUGACGUUUUCUGUGUUGGUUUACUGGCCGCUUCAGCACUCCCUUCAGUUCUGCAUGAAGACUGGUACCGAUUUUCUAAUUCAGAGGGGUGUAUUCUUGAUGUGAAGGGGGUUUGUGAGAAGGUAAAGAAUGCCUCCCUUUAUCUUAAGCCGAUGCUCGUGGACUUUAUCCUCCAAGCGCUAACUAACCCCGCAACAACUGUGAGGGACUUGAUGAAUCAUUCAUAUUUGAGCGACGCGAUCGACGUCAGCAGGCUCGACGAGAUGAAACCGCUGAACAUAUCGCCUGCUGAUAUGGAGAUGGCCGUGUCAGAGAGGUUUACCACCACUGACGAAUCUGGACUAUGGAAUGUUCUCGGUCACGACCCAGCGGCAGGGAAUGGCCACUUGUGGUGCUCAAUGUUCCGCAACGAAGCACUGCCCGACGGCUGCAUACGGUCUGGCAUUCAAUCUGUUAAUGAAGUUGCGGCUGCAAGGCGGGUUCCUUUUGUUAAGAAACUCGUUUGCGGGCUGUGCCGGUGUGAAUUACCCAUAGUUUUAUUUCUAUGCGAUAAGUGUGACGAUUACAUACGCUGCGCCAAGUGUUCGUUAGUGGAUACACACGCCGACGACCACAAACUCAGCCCACACCUUGUCCACACCGUCGGGCAGGAUGGGGUUGAUGGCAACUUUUUUGCUUUAUUGGUGCCAACAUGCAAUAUAUGUGUCGCGCAGUCACUGGAAGCCCUAGAAAUGCAGGCCAACCUGCCACACGGAACGCUGACGAAAGAUAUCACCACCCAAUCAGUUACUGCGGAGCGAGCCCUACGGCGGCUAACACUUGCGAAGUUGAAUCCAGGCCCCAAGGUACUUCCCAAAGUCUCGGAUACUGAAGGUGAGACUUGGGAGGAGGAAGUUGCAAGCUGCCGCGAGACUCGAAACACUGAGCUGUUGUUGCAUCAAUUUGAACUGAACACUGUACCGAAGGAGCUGUUUGACCCGCCGCUGCUUCACGUGGCGAGUAUUGACCUUAGUUACAACAAGUUAACCAGCCUUCCCGACGAUCUGGCCCUUCUUUGCAACUUGAGAAGUGUUUCCGUUGCGCAUAAUGCUCUGACUGUUCUACCAGACAGCAUGGGUGAACUCCGUCAACUAGAUCGUUUAGACGCGAGCCACAAUAAACUAAAGGACCUGCCGUUAACAUUUGUCAAACUACGCAAGUUGAGCACUGUCACCUUAGACUUCAAUGAAUUUUCGGGGUUGCCUCGCGUUUUGGACGAUCUCAUUGUUGCCACCGCAUCGACACCGCAGCUUUCCACCAUUUAUUUAGCGGAGAACACCAACAUAACAAGGUUCCCCGAUUACACGAACCUUGCAAUCUUACCCACGCUUAAGUUGGCCUUAGACAACGAACCCAGUGUUUAUCAAACGUAUCUCAAUGAAAACCUUGCAGAAAAGCUACCCAACAUUGGCAUGCUUUGGAAUAAAAUAUAUCCAGAUCGAAUCGUUGAUAACGUGUUUUGUGGGAGCUUGCGCACCACUCAAUCACAGGUGGUGUACGAUAAACUUGGCAUAAAAAACCUCUUGACAGUGGGAAGGGACCUCGUUCCCGUCCCUCCGGUUGGUGGAAAACAUCUCGUUAUCUCAUUAGAUGAUAUUGAGGAGGCGGAUAUCCGUUGUACAUUUGAUGAGGCUGUCAACUUCAUUGAUAUGAGUGUGGAAAAAGGUGAAGGGUGUUUGGUCCACUGCUUCGCCGGACUCUCGCGUUCCGCCACGACAGUAAUAGCAUACUUCAUGAUGAAGAGAGGCAUGAGACUUGGCGAUGCGUACCAGCUAACGAAAAGGGGCCGACCUUCUAUUUACCCCAAUGAGGGUUUCUUUAGACAAAUGAUUGAACUGGAUGGUGAGUUGUUCCCCGAUGACCCGCCACUGCAACUGGAGGACAUUGGAAGAGAAAGUCCCAAUGUAAGGGUGUAG